AUGAAACACACGUCAACUCUUACACUCUUCUUUUAUGGUGGGAAAAGAAUAGAUAAAUAUACGAUAACGUCACAAAUCAGACGCACAAUUUCUGAAAAGGCAUUAAUUUUUCAUAAAUUAAGAAGAAAAGGAAUGGAUUUUGGUAGCAAUUUGAAAAAGGUGCCAAGAAUCUGCUCGAGUAUUCUAAAUUGGUCUCAUUUGCAAGCUAUGCGACACAUUAAUUUCGUCACCGAAAAAUCCAAUUCGACAAUGAUAGAACUAAAUGGAACAGUACAGAAGAAUCAAACAUAUCUCACUAGAUGA